CGUCCCCUGUCCAAAGUAGGUCAACUUGUUUGACGUCAGAUGUAAAUAAACGAAACGACAACAAACAUUGAAAUUACGCCUUACAUUUUUGCUAUCGCAAACAACGUUUUUAAGAUGAAUUCGGAGAAUAUUCCCCUACAGAAAGAUGAACUAAGGGAGUCAUGGGUAGACCUGUACUACCAGGCAUGUUCUCCAGAGAAAGAGAAAGAGAACAAUGAAAUACAUGCAAGCGGGUUAUAUACGCCGCUAAACAUUGAGAAGCUCCUCAAUGAUGCACAGCGAGAGUCCAACAGCAACAGUAGGGAAGCUUCAGCGCGGGGGAGCCCAAAAGGCCUUAGCAGCCCGGCUCCUGAGCUAGCCCUCAGCUCACAUAGUUCCCACAGCUCCAACUCACAGGAUGAGAGGGAGGAGCCAGGGACAGACUGGAUCUGGGACUGGUCGUCUGGGCCAGAACGAAACCCCGCUGGGGAUAAGAUGACGAAGUACCGCCGUCCCCGUCAUCAAUACCAGGGCAAGGACCAGCCACGUAGCCUGCGCCAGGUCUUCAAUGUCGAUAAUAAGCCAAUCCUUACGGUGACACACACGUGCACCCUAGUUGUAGGAGUCAUAUUUGGCGCUUCACUGAUGUGGGUGAUCCUUACCAAGUGCGCGCGUAAGGAAGUAGUAAACUGAAUGCAGUGCUCACAGACUGAAGACCGGUGAUGGUGUUGUGGCGUAUUUGUCCCCGUAAAAUUGGCAGAAUUUUCGUUUUUUUCAUAGUGGGGCUUGUUGGUACCACAAAAGGUCAAGAGAAAAUAUUCUGCAUUCAGGGGGUUUAUAGAUAUAGGAUUUCAUUCUGGGAAAGCUAUUCUUGAUAUGUUUUAAAAUUUAUUUUGGAUUUUGUUAUUUUUAUGCAGAAAAGAAAAGGGAACAUGUUUUGGAUUAAGAUUAUUUUUAGGUUAUUAAACCACUAGUAUUUCUCUUCUUGAAUGAGCAAGGAGAUUGGAUGAUUGUGAUAAUACAUCAUUUCCUCAAUGUGAUUGUGAAGUUUAUAAUCAAAUGUCUUGAGCUAGUCAGCUUAAUUUGAUGAAAAUCUGUAGUUUACUCAUGUUUGAAUGCUCUCUCUAUCACUCUCUCUCUCUUUCUCUCUCUCAAGUUUGGACUUAAUAAAUGAACCAAUGCACAGGACCCAUUUACUUGAACAAUCUUAAGACCCUAACAACUGGAACAAGUAAAGCUGAAUUAUGAAAUUUUCUGCUAAUAAAGGGUAGGAGACCUUAAAAGUAUCUUUUUUAAAAAUUAUAAGCCUGUUGGAAUAUUGAUAUGUUUAUUAUGGCUUUGAUAUCAAUCAUGUGCUUUUUGACAUCAUGUGCAAGUUGUCCAAUUAUGUAUCCAAAAUGCCCAAUGAAUGGUCAUACUUGUAAACACAUCAUCAUGUUUGCUAUUUUAGGGAUAUCAUGAAAUUUUCCGUAUUACUUCCUGAUAUUUCAUUUAAUUGAAACAUGUGAGAGAACAAUAAAAGCAAAUGUACGUCUCAAGGCCCGAAAUCGUGCAAUGUGGCUCAAACGUUAUUUUUAUACAUGUUACACUGAAGAUAUGUCAAGGAUUUGGGGCCUGCUUGUUUGAUGUUUUAUGUUUUACCUUUUUAAAUGGCAGAUACUUUUUAUAAAUUAGGGCAUAGUUGUAAAAUAAGGGCAUAAUUGUAAUAAGAAAUUGAAGAGUGAUCUGUAAUUUUUUGUUAUUGAUAAAAUGAUUGUUAAACUGAUAAUAAAUCAUAUUUAAUUGAAUAUUGCAAACAAAAAGAUCUUUUGGUACUUUCAUGAUAAGUCUUUCAUUUAUAAUAAUCUUCUACUAUUGUGAACAGUUUCUAUUGUUUUAAUUGUUUUUGAUAAAAUUAAAUAUUUUUAAAACUUUUGUCAUUAUUGUUGAAAAUAAUUUUAUAUUGCUUUCUUGGAUUGUUCAGCUUCUUGAAUUAAAAAAAAGCUUAAUAGGACUGUUUUAUACACAGUGGAAACUCGUUGGCUUGAAUUAUUGCUUUGCUUGAUUUCAUCGUUUCCCACAGGUUGCGACUGUAACUCCAAAAACAUUAAAAAUGUAUGGUUUAAAAUAACUAAAUUAAUGCCAAGCAAUUAGUGAAAGCGAUGUUUUAUUGAAUGUUCAUAUAUAAGCUUAUGCUAUUAUAUUAUGUCUUUGUUUCUUUUAACUUUAAUCUUUUUUAUGACUGAGUUAAGAAUGAUCAAGUUAUUACAGACAUGCGGCAUUAAUUUGUGUCAUGUUUCACUAGAUUUUUUGGUAUACAAUUGUGCAAUGAUACUGAAUGUGCUUCAUUCCAAGGAAAAAAACGAGAGCUCUGUUUCAAAGAGAUAUUUUAGUCGUGAACCUUAAGCUGUCUAAAGUGCUUAUGGAUUACCUUUUAGUUGCGAGCAGAAUCGGGCAGAAUUAAUCUGAUUAGCGUUCUUUCUCUAGUUUUAUUUGAACACAGUUCAAGAUGCACUCUCACAGAUUGACCGAUUUGUCAUCAUUUUUUUUAUAAUUUUUGUCUCAGAAUCAGCUGAUUUUGGGCAUCAAUCCGUUCAAUUCAGUCAUAAUAGACAACUCACAAUAGAACACAUCACAUUUUUUUAGUUUGGUAAACUGUCAAGUAUUUCAUUUUUCUUAAAGCGUUAGUAGCGCUUUUAGCCAUAAAACGUUAAUUUUUAACAGAAAUAUGAAAAACUGUAAUCUGAUAUUUUAUCAGAAAUCUUAUAUCACUGGUUUUCAGACAUUGGCUUAUUCCAAGAUAAACAAUUUGGAGAGUGCAGCUUUGGGGUAACUUCUGGAAACUUACACUUUUAUCUUAAGUCUUAUCGGUACUAUCUUGAUUGAAACGGGGCCAUGAAUAAUUUGACAAUGACCAUACUCUGUCAUUCCACGUUGUGAAAGUGGCUAUGUAUCAUUUCCUUUGUAUUUAGCUCAUGAAAUAAACUCACUAGCCGAUUCACUUUUAGUUCAUCAUGAUAUUAGAAUUAAUUUUUAAUAAUUAUGUACUUUCAUUUAAAACCAUUUUUGCUGAAUCAGUAUUUCAUUUAAAGCACAAAAGACAUUUUAAUGCCUCUAUUUUAACAUCAGCCCUGAGUUCAGUGAAUGUUAUUGGCUAAUGUUUUUAAUUUGGUUCACCGUAUAGCGGUGUAUGUUCUGCAAUGCAUCAGGGAAAACAAAACAGUUCGCUUUCGUAAGCUAACAUGAGCGACUGUUGUCCUUAACUGAAUCAAGGGCAGGUGACAUUUUUACAAUGUUUUCAAUUCAAUUGCCUUGUAGAGUAAUCUUUGUCGUAUUUUUUUUUCAGGCUCGUAACUGAUUACUAAUUUAUCUAUACCUGUAACUCACUAUUUCUCCAACAUUGCUCUUUUGUUAUCUUUCCUUUUUAAAAUGUCUUGUAGUUUUUAAUUUUUGUUUUUGGGGAGAACCUUCAGUAUUCGAUGCACGGAAUGCAUCAUGUAUACAUGUAUAUUCAUUAGUUUGUUGUAGUUAUUAGUAGUGUAGUGUAUAUGAUUAUGUUUUUAACAGCAUAUUAUUUAUUCUAAGUGCUACAACAGUAUGUGUAAACCACGUGAUUAAUUGCAUCAUAAAUGCUUCGUCAAAAGUCAAUACUUAAGCGACUGCCCUUUGUUUCAUUUAAAAUGGUGUAGAAAAAAAGUUAUCUUCGUUUUAUGUCUUCAUUGACGCAAAUUGCUGCAAAAUGUUGCCUGGCGAUGUAGCAUUGAAGGCAUUAUUUAUCACGUGGUAUUCACACACUGUACAAGUUGCCAAUUAAUAUUACUAAAGAUAAAAAUCACUGUUUAUAUACCCUUGAUAUUAAACUACGCAUUUUCGUCUCUUGCUAAUUGUUUUCUAACAAACAUAGUUUAAGUGCUGUCUUGGAAAUCCAAUGUUAUGUGCUAUACCUAACAUAUUACUUUUUAUUGAAAAGGGCUUUUUGAACUUACUCAUUCUGAUGAACCUAGAUUUCUAAUCAUAUAAAAAAAUAUCAUCAAUUGUAGACACUGAAUGAACACUUUCAUCAUGUUUUUGUUUGUGCUGUUGUUGAAUUGAAUUGGUAACUUCUUAAAGCUGUUUGUCUGCUGUUUUUCAUUGUUGUAAUAAAAAUGAAGUUUCUCUAAUCAUUACCAUACUGCAACUAUCACAGUUAUGAUUUCUAAUUUUUCCCUAUUUUUUACAUAUGUUUAGUUAAUUAUUUUUACUACACAACUUCAUAUAAAAUUGUCAUUAAAUAUAGCUAAUUAAUGAGCCCUUUCAUCAUGGCUUAAGGUUUUGCAACAAUUUAAAUUUAAAUUUAGCUAAUGAUUUGAAUUUUUAACUGUUUAUAGCUGUUUGUCUGCUCUUUUUCAUUACUGCAAUUAAAAUAAAUGUUUCUCCAAUCAAUACAAUACAGCGACUAUCACAUAUAUGUGAUUACCGGUACUAUUUUUUUGUGCUGAAGUCAUAAUAAUCAAACCAACUUUAUGAUGUUGUACAGCUUGUACCUUAUUUGGAAGAGAAGUACCGGUACAUGUAUGGUAAUCCAUUCUUGUGUAGUGUAAAAGGAAUGUGCAAUUUGCAGCAUAAACUUUCAUGCAAUUUCAAUAAACUUUCCGUGUUAUUUCUCACAGACUUCAAGCGCUCAAAAACACAAACUCAACGUGGUUGUAAAUAAGUUAUGGUACUUACUUAUCUGAACAGCGAACUUGCAGAUAUUCAUUUAACAAAGUUUUGCAAAAUCAAUUCAAUUGUUAACAGCACAAUUAAUUAUUUUCGGAAAAUUGGAGCAUUUGUCACAUUUUUAUAUAUUUAUUAAAAAUAGGCCUCAAAUUUGAACUUUUGAUAAGACAAAAAAAAAUAUUUUCAAAAAAUUGUUUGUUUUUAAUAUUUCAUCUUUUAAACAUGAACGAGUCCCUGUAUGUACAUUGCCUCAUAAUUCAAGUAAAAAAUAGUGCGCUGGAUUUUUGUAUUGGAUGUCCCAUUUUACUCAUUGUUAACUGUUUGUGGUAUGUAUUAAUAUAAAGUUAUCUAAUUUGCAUUUUUACUGUUGUAUGCAUGUUAUUAAAGUGUCAAUAAGAAUAAAUCAUGUUAAACGAU